CUCAGAAGUCACAAGAAAAGAAAAGAAACAAACACUCAAGAAUCUAAGGAAAUAGAUAAGCCAUGGGAAGAGAUCACGACGGAAUCCCUCCAGUUCCACUACACCUCUGCGUCUUCGUCCUCAUCCUCUUAAUGUUCGUAACUAUUUCAUGGUAUGCGAGCUACGAACCAGUUAUAGAAGGUUUUACGGACCAGCUCAAGCUUGCUCUCAUGGCUUCUCCUCUGCUUUUGCUCUUGGCCGUUCAUUUUCUAUCCAACGGUGAAGGAGGAGGGAUGGUGACGUCAUUAUUACCUCUGAACGAAAGAGAGUCUUUGUAUAGAGCUGGAGGAACGCCAUGGGGAGUGGCCUUCAUGCUCGUCUUCCUCUUCUUCAUGGUUUCGUAUCAAUCUCAGUUUCAAGAACGUUGGUUUCCCCUAAGAUGAAAAAGGACUCGUGUUGUGUCUUUUAUUUCACUUUCUUGACUUUCUCAUUGGGUCUAGUAUAAUAGAUUCAUGAUAAUGUAUGUUUAAUUUUUAUCCUUUUUCUUAUUACCAUACCAUUUUAUGUA